UGAUAGUAUACAGGGGUUUGCGUUUUAGAACAAAUGAUCCCAAAUCUUUAGUAUUUAAAGAGAAAUAUUUUAUAUUUGGUGGAAGAUAACAGGUUAAAAGCAUACAGAUAUAUUGAAUUUGUUGUAUUUUCAUUUCGGACUUUAAUUUUGAGAUAGGAAGGAUGUCUCUCAAAACUCACACAAAGGGUUCAGCAUUACCACCUUUGGAAAAUGGAAAACUUCGUCUAUACAGUAUGAGAUUCUGUCCCUUUGCACAAAGGACACGAUUAGUACUGGCUCAUAAAAACAUACAAUUUGAAACAAUAAAUGUUGAUUUGAAGAACAAACCUGACUGGUUCCUUGAAAGGAAUCCUCUUGGUCUUGUUCCAGUGCUGGAGCAGGAUGAUAAGAUUGUGUAUGAGUCUGUUGUGUGUAAUGAAUAUCUGGAUGACAUCUAUUCACAAGAAAAACUUACACCAGCUGAUCCUUACAGGAGAGCAAGAGACAAAAUGUUAUUAGAGUAUAAUGGCAAGCUUGUGACUAAUUACUACAAGUUCGUCAGAUCACAGGGAAAAGACGAGGAAGUAAAAACAGAAUUCAACAAAAUUCUGGAAAUUUUUGAAAAAGCUAUUGAAAAAAGAGGGGCAUAUUUCGGAGGAGACAAAGUAGCCAUGUUGGAUUUCUUUGUAUGGCCAUGGUUUGAGAGAAUGAGUCCUUUAAAGACAAUGAAUAUUGAUAUGCUACCAGAAGAAACAUUCCCAAAUUUAAAUCAGUGGGUUGCCAGGAUGAGGAAUGUACCAGCAGUAAAAGCAACACUAUUUGAUGACCAGGCACAUCUGGUUUUUAUGAAAUCCUAUAUGGGUGGACAACAACCAAAUUAUGAUUUUGGUCUUUAAUGGGUUAUGAACAAAAAUGACUGUUGAAAAAUCAUUGACCAAUUCAAAAUAUUUAUUUAUGUGUUUAAGACAAGUCUCGAGGGUCUCAAGUUAAAGACAGGCUCAAUUUACAAUUCAAUAUUUAUAGAGAACUUUAUAUGUAUGUUAAAAAUUAUUGUUAUGAAGAUUUAGAAAUAUAAUAAAUGUAAAUUUUUA